AUGUUGCGGCUUCGUCCUCGGAAACCCGCGCUAGGCGCUUCGAGCGACAGUCCAAGCGUGUCUGAAGAGAGAGCUCGAACUCGUCGACGUCUGAAGAAUGGAGCUAAGCAGGUCCUGUCGCUAGCAGUGGACGCUCUUCCGCUCGUCGUCUCAGCGACGGAGAGUGUGCCCUACCUCGGUGCUGUAUCAACCGCGCUAACGAAGAUCAUGACGGCACAGAGAGAAGUAGAAAUGUUCAAAGUCGAGUGGCGUCUGGCUAUGAACGAUGUCCAAACGCUUCAAAGUAUCAUCGAUCAGGCCAAGGAGGAACGCGACCCCUCAGACGUUCUCUCAGAGUCCGAGAAGAAGAUGUUCAGCGAUCUCGAAUCAACCCUUGAGGACGUCCUCAGCACGCUCAAAGCCUGCAAUGCUUCUCCUUUAGGCUGGCCGGACAGGGUUAAGAUGUGGGUAAACCGAGAAGAUAUGAGCGAUAUGGUCAACCAAAGUCGCCAGAAGCUUCGCAGUGCCGUGGAAUUCUUCAAGAUAAAACUGGACAUCAAUCAGAGAGCAGAUAUCAGGACCUUAACCUCCAGUUUUGCUCGCAUGCAAACAAAGAUGCUGCCCAGCAUGGGAAACCAGGAGUCAGUUCAUGAAGGCGCGGCAUACUCUCACAUCCGGCAGAGUAGCCUGCCUCCCAAGCCACUCAUCUUCUAUGGACGACAGGUCCAACUUGAUCAUAUCGUUGGGCUCAUGAUGAGCAAAACCCCCGCGCGCAUAGCUAUACUCGGUUCUGGCGGCUUGGGAAAGACCACUCUCGCUCUGGCUGCUCUACAUCAUCAGUCCUCAACGGAGAUGUACUCUCACCGGCGCUUCUUCAUCUCCUGCGAAGCCUUCACUACGGCCGCUGACCUGGCUUUUGGGAUCGUCAAAGCGCUAGGACUGCCCCUGGGUUACUCCGACAACCUCUCUCCCGUUCAUGUCUUGAUUUCCUUCUUAAGUUCUCGCAUCGCUGCGCUCUGUUUGGACAACUUCGAGACGCCUUGGGAGCGGGAUGAAGCAUCCGUCGAGUUGCUUCUCACGAGACUCGCGGGCAUCCCGGGCUUGUCGAUUCUUAUCACCCUCAGAGGCGCUAGCCGGCCGGUUGGCGUAUCUUGGACGAAACCACUACUUCCUCCAAUUGGGCCACCAAGUCUUGAUGCUACACUCAACAUCUGGGACGAUAUAUGCGGUUCGCAUGACGAUUAUGCUCUCAAGCUCAUUGAAGCCGUGGGGCGCGUGCCCCUCGCCGUAGUGCACCUUGCGCAUCUCGCAGAGAGCGAGACUUGUGAAGCGUUAUGGGCUCGAUGGCACACGGAGAGAGUCAGGCUCAUCCGCCGCACCAGCCAGAAUCAAGAUCGCCUGAGCAGCCUCGCCAUCUCUAUCGAGAUGUCUUUGACAAGUCCCCGCUUGGCCACAGAACCCACCGCGGUCUCAUUCCUCAGUCUCCUUUGCACCCUUCCGCAGGGAAUGCCCGAGGCCCGCCUACCGGUGUUCGAGAGGACGUUCAACGAAGACCUACCGCACAUGCGAGGCUGCAUCACCGUGCUGAAACAAUGCGCUCUUGUCACUCCAAUCGACGGCUUCCUACGGGUUCUUCCCACGGUUCGCGAGUACAUCAACUCGGAAUACCCCUUCCACCCGUCGCUGCGGAUGCGCGUCAUUGACCUCUACUGCACGUUGAUCCUCGACGAUGUGCCAGAUGACGAGACUGCGCGGCGUGGCUUCCUUGAAGAGACGAUUACACCUGAACUCGAGAACAUUCGAAGCGUCCUGACGCGAGCGCUGAGUGACGAUCUCCCGAACUCUGACGCUGAACGUCUUCUACAUGCCGCCAUGGAGAUGAGCUGGCUUUACGGAGAACUCUCGCUCGCGAACCAUGGGCUUCUCGACCAUGCCUUACCAUUCGCGUCCGCCCACCAUCCACCAUUGGUGCCCCAGGUCCUGCGGCAGAGGGCGCAGCACCAUCUCUUUACGGAUGUCGAAGAAGCAGCUUCUCUCUUUGAAAGAGCUCUUGCGCGAGACCAUGACUUGAAUGACACGCGCGGUCAGGCCGAGGAUCAUCAUGGCAUCGGCAUCGCGCAUAUCAGACGUGGGCAUGAGGAGACCGCCAUCGAGCAUCUUGAACUCGCGCGCGAGUUACACGCCGGUGGAGGAGAUAACCUCGGUCAAGCGUACGAUCUCAAGGCUCUUGCGGUCGCGUAUACGCUUGCUCAAGACCGAGCGGCUGCCCAACGGGCGUUGAAGGAAGCUUUAGUGCUGCAAGAGACGGUCGGGGAUCAGAUCGGUUUGGCGAAUAGCCUUAACUCCAUAGGCGUUCUUCACCAUCAGCUUCAGGAGUAUAAGGAGUCCAGGAAGGCGCUACUCUCGGCUUUGGAGCUGCAUGAACGGGCGGGUGCACGCCUCAGUCAAGCGAACGACCUUUAUACGCUCAGCGACCUUUACGCGCGCACUAUGCAUCUAGACCAAGCGGAGGAGACCGGACGCAGGGCGUUGCAAUUGCAUGAAGAGGUUUCAGAUCGUCUAGGACAAACGAACGAUCUUCGCGUACUUGCCGAGGUGCAACGCCGACGUGGCCAACUCGAGGACGCAGAGCAUUCUCUCGGCCGUGCGCUACAACUAUCAAGGGAAGUCGGUGAUAGACUGGGUCAAGCCGCUGCACACGCCGACCUGUGUGAUCUGUACAUGAAGAUGGGGCGCCUGGCUGACGCUAAGCGUGAAAGCGGUCUAAAGAACGCACUGGAACUGAAGGAGCAAGUAGGUUUCAACGCUGGGCCUACGCUUGACUUGAAGCUGUUGGGUAAGCUAUACUCCCGGAUCGGGGUGCUCAGCCCAGUCCAGACUGCGCGUCUGUAUGCAAUGUCUAUAGUAAACGAAGGCGAUCCAGGCGAACGGUGGGCAUAG